AUGAUAUCAUCAUCAGAUCUCAAACAUUGUUCCGUCAUCUUUGAGCUUCCCACUGCCCGCCGAUGCGUUGAUCGGUAUUCUCUCUAUCCUAUCAGAGGUGGCCUGCGCAAGCUUCAUCUCCGCCGUCUCUUUGAUCUACUUCAUCUUUGCCUCCUUCGUCACGAUUACGAUCGCGCCAAUCGCAUUUGGCGAGUUCUGAUUCGUUGUCGCGAGCUCGACUUUGGUCAGCUGUGGCAUCUGGGUCUUCGUAUCCUCUUCUCAUCAUCGAGACAAGUAGAUACAGAUGAAGAUGAUCGAACCUCAAAGCUAGAAAGUAGUCUCAAGUAUCUCAAGGCGUGUCAAAGCAUUGACCCUCAGGAGUGUUCCAACAUCCUGAUUGAAUAUAUCUGCACGUUGAUCGUUUUGCGCCGUCAUCGCCACGCACUUGACGAGUUAGAGCUGUACUUGUCCCUUCCGCCUUACUCUCAGCAUGCUGGCUUACACGAGUACGCGGGCAUGCUUGCUCUCUAUCUUGCUCAGCCGCUUGCAUCUGACGAUGAGAUGAACGACCUGCAAGUCGUCAAUAUACCAACAUAUAUGGCUACCAUUUCCACGUCUGCGUAUUUUGGACGCGCUCGAGCCUAUUUUGACCGUGCUCAUGGACUUGAUCCCACCAGCCCGGUAGCCAACAACUAUCUUGAACUUAUGACAUCUGCACAAGCAUCUCAUGACGAUGAUCAUGACAAGGAUUGA